CCGACCGUAACGUUUAAAGAGAUCCACGACGCCGUUCCAAAACACCUCCUUCGAAGACGACCACUUACAUCAACACUGUACAUCCUCCGGGACUUAUCUAUCUCCCUCCUCUUGUAUAAGUUCGCAUCUCUCAUUCCAGGGACCGAAUCGCUAUUGAAGUCGGGGAUGUGGGGAGCGUAUUGGUGGCUCCAGGGGUUGAUGAACGCUGGUAUAUUUUGUCUCGGUAGGCAUGAUGCGGGUCACGGAACGUUAUACGACAACGUCGUUCUGAAUAAUAUCAUCGGGUUCAUACUUCACUCCUACCUCUUCGUCCCAUAUUUCGCAUGGCGCGCGACACACCACACUCAUCAUAAAGCCACCUCAUCCAUAGAACGAGACGAGAACUACGUCCCGUACCCGCGCUUCACCUUCCCAGGCUUACCAGACCAAAAGACGGCGACUGCCGCGGACUACUCGGAGGUUUUUGAGGAGACGCCGCUUUACACAUUGCUUCACAUGCUUGUCAUGCAGGGAUUUGGGUGGUGGAUAUACUUGACCCGAAAUGCUAUGGGAUCUGCGGCAUAUCCCAAGGGGACUAAUCAUUUCAGCCCCAGUUCGCCGUUGUUCAAACCCUCGCAACGAAAAUAUAUCAUCCUGUCUAACCUUGGUCUAUGCAUCACCGCGACCGUUCUGGGAUUUUUAGGCCGUGAUUUUUUCUUAUGGUGUUACUUCAUUCCUUACGUCGUAAUCAUGUUCACAUACCUCCACCACUCAGACCCCACAAUCCCGCACUACAGGAAAAAAGAAUGGACCUUUCUCCGAGGCGCGGCUGCUACGGUUGAUAGACCCCUCCUUGGCUGGAUCGGAAGGUUUUUCUUCCAUAAUAUAAGCCAUGAUCACGUUGCACAUCAUUUUUUCAUUGGAGCACCUUUCUAUAAUGGACCUGAAAUUACGAAGGCGAUCAAAAGCGUGUUGAAGGAAGAUUAUAACUACGAUUCUACGCCUGCCUUCUACGCGUUGUAUCGGUCGUUCACGCAGUGUCUUUUUAUUGAAGAUGAAGGCGACAUUGUGUUCUAUAAGAAUAAGCAUGGCGUUGCGGCUCGACGAGUUCAGGAAUUUAAAGUUGGUGAAGGACUGGACAAGAAAUUGUUAGACCCUGGAGUGGAGGGCGAACUGGUGGAAUCUGCGAAAAGACAGGCAAUGUAG